UUGAGGCACCUGAACCGAAGUCUUUCCAACCUGCAUACUUAUCCUCUACCCCGCCGCACACUUGGUCUAACUACCUACCUACAGACAACAGCCAGGCUUGGGCUAUCAUACGCAGAGGCACGCACUCAGUCCCAGAUGCAAAGAAACAUUCAACUUUUGACAUCAAUUUCCUCAAGAUUUGGGAAGUGUGUACCGACAUCAUUCCCCGCAUAACAACAAUGUUCAGUUGAUUUCACAUUUGGAGAAGUUGACGUCAUCCUGACCUGGCCAGCGCAGACAUAAUCGACAUAUAUUUAUCGUUUCGCGAUUAUCCCAUACCAACAAACACUAACUAAUGACAGCUUUUCUGAGAACGUGUGCAGAUAGCUCGGAAACAUCGAAACCAAUUAGUAAUGAUGGCUCCGAGUUUAGACCCUGCUAUUCUGAAGGCGCUCGGCCUGGAUGCCGAGACGACAAACAUGAGUACCCAUGGCGGCUCGGGGUUUGCGUCGACCUUCAAGCUCUGUGGAACCGUCAACGGGAGAGAGAAGACAUUCUUUGUCAAGACAGGAUCGGGAAAAGAUGCAGAAACAAUGUUUAGAGGAGAGCAUGCGUCCCUGAACGCUAUCCAUUCAGCCGUGCCUAACUUUUGCCCGGCCUCGCAUGCAUACGGGGCAAUGUCAUCAGAAGGGCGAUUCUUUAUGGCCACAGACUUUCUGGACCUCGGUGGCCGCGGUGCAUCAGGGACGGGCAAAUCGCUGGCGGCCAAGCUUGCCCAACUCCAUACAACGCCGGCGCCGGUACCGGAUGGCUUCGACAAGCCCAUGUUUGGCUUCCCUGUACCGACUUGCUGCGGCUCUACGGUACAAGACAACAGCUGGAAGGAGAGCUGGGCCGAGUUCUACGCCGACAACAGGCUACGGCAUAUUCUUGCCGCCGGGAUCAAGAGCAACGGGAAGGACGCGGAACUGGAGCGGACCGUUGAGACCGUUGCGAGCAGGGUGGUACCGCGGCUACUGGGGGAUGGACACCUCAAGGGCGUAAAGCCAGUGGUCAUACACGGGGACCUGUGGAGUGGCAACCACGGCGCUGGCAGGUUUGCUGGCAGUGACGGCGGUGUGGAGGAGGUGGUGUACGACCCGAGCUGCGUCUAUGGGCACUCUGAGUACGAGCUGGGGAUCAUGAAUAUGUUUGGCGGCUUUGGGUCAAGGUUCUGGGAGGAGUACGGGAAGCUCGUGCCAAAGUCCGAACCUGUCGAGGAAUUUGAGGACCGAGUGGCGCUUUAUGAGCUGUAUCACCACCUGAAUCAUUUUGCACUCUUUGGGGGAGGGUAUCGAGGCGGGGCCAUGUCUAUCAUGAAGAAGCUGAUCUCGAAAUAUGGUUGAUGUUCAAAGAAAACGACGAGAGGCCGCUUACUAGAAAUCGUCAGCAUUUAAUAUACAGCAAUCCCGUCAUGCGCAUGUGUGGCACCUUCAUAUGGAUGUUUUGCAGGCGCAUUGAAGCACAAACGGGAUUCGUUUCCUGACAGGCCGGCAUCAGCAUACAAGCAAGUCCAAAGCUGCAAGGUACCUGCCGCCAAGCCCCUCCCUUUUUUUGGAGCCUUUUGGUUUAGCAGAAAACGCUCAGACAGCAGUCAAACACCGUAGCAAGAUGAACGACAUGGUUACGGACGGGGAAAGUGAGCACUGCAGUCAAGAGUAGAGUAUAUCAGCAAUACCCUCAGCAUUCGCAUCUGACACUUCUGGAAUUUGGUCUGUUCUUGACACCGAAAGCUCACAACAAAAAAAGUACCGAG